UUUUACUCAGAACAUCGCACACCUGUGUUAAUCCUCAGCGGCAAAAAAAAAAAAAAAAAAAAAAGAAGUUGCAUACUUAACACAGAAAAGGCACAGCAGGAGCUCAUACAGUCAGAGGAAGCAAGUGUUUGGCUUCAUGUGCUCGGAUGAAACACAAUGGCAACUUCCUGUUUUCUUUCUACUCGAAAGAACUUCCCACAACAUCAGAUGCACGUAUAGUCACCAAUAAUAAAUAAAGAAGAAGAAGUGAAGUCUAGCCUUCACAAUGAGGAGCUUUGACUGAAAACAGUAGGCAGGUAUUAAUCACAGAGGAGUUGUUUAUACAUUCACUGAAAGAUUAAAGGACUAUGAAGGAGGACGUAUAAUAACGUCAGCUUCUACUGCCAGCAAAGCUUGAAGACCCCAGUGGAUUGUUUUACCUGUUUUUUUGUUUUUUUUUUUUUAAAGCUUUGCAUUAGAUAUUUAUUGCACAGUUUAGAUGAGAGAGGUGUAUCUAUGAAGUGUGAGUGUGCAGCGAUGGAGAAGCUCGGUGAAGAUGGCUUUGAGAGAUGUGAACAGUUUGAGGACUGGUCCAGCUCUGAACACUGGGAUGAGGAUCACAGGGACAGCAGUGGCUUUGGGGACUGGGCUAGUUUUAAAGACGGUCUCAGUGAAGAGAGUGAUUCUGCAGACUUAUUGUCUCAGGAAGGACAGACUUCUGGCCAUGAACACAAGGUAGAGAGAGGUGAUGAGCCCUGGAUUGUGAUCCAUGAUUGCUUUCAUGUUGAGGAGAUUGUGAGAGAUACAGACAUGAUGGAUUUUCUGCCACUGUCACAGCUACUGCACAAUUCCACACACACCCCUCCUCCUCCAGCAGUACUAUUAAGAAAGGGUGCUAGCUUUUACCACAGUCUGCUGUGUGAGCCGAAGUCUUCAAGCGUCACGGGUCCUAAACCCAAUUUGCAUUCCCACAAGCAGCUCACUGAUACACUACAGCUCAAACAAUCCAAUACUUCACAGAACACAGAUUUACUUCACCUUGGGUUUGAGAAGCCUCAAAGUUCCUCUGCUGCUCUCAUCCAAACUAAGCUAACAGCACCCACGUGGUGUCAGACUUCUCCUGGAUUCUUCUACCAGAUCUCUCACCGAUGGCUCAGCCAGAACAGUUUGAGACUACAGAAUAAUCAGGACAACAAAAAAGACCUGCUGUAAUGACAGUGAAACACUGACUAUGUUUACAUGGACAGCAGUAAUAUAAUUAUUAUCUUACUCUGAGUAAGACAAUAUUGUGAUUAAGGUGUUUACAUGAGUCGCUUUUAGAAUACUCCUUACAUGUUCCCGUUUUACAUG